CUUUAUUUCGUACAUCCGAGAGACCCUGGAGCCACAUCGUCCUCUCCAGCUCCACGAUAGUAACAGAUAUCACAUCGCUCCAACUCGCCAUAGAAAUGGAGGUGCUUGUCCACCCCUAAACCGCCCUUGUUCCACUGCAGCCUCACGACCACCUUCUCCUUCAGAACUGACCGGCACGAUGGGGGGCUCUUCCGCAGGCUCCGAUGUCUUCUUUUCCGGCGCAUUGCUCACAAUAUGUCUCCUCGUCCUUCUGCUCCUCCGCUACUACCUCCCGCUCCGGACGACGCCCAUGUAUGUGCUCGUCCCCGUAUUCCUCGCCAUCUCCUUGCCCGCGAGCAUAGUACUCCUAGUCCCGAUUGAUCUUGCGUCGACUGCUGGGACGGACACGGGAGGGAACAGGGGGAUAUGGCUUCCACACCGGGCUAUGUUGGUCAGCUGGAGGAUAACAUACUGGCUGACCUUUGCGUUGACAUGGGUAAUUCUCCCGCUCCUUGGAGAGUAUUGCGAUGCAGGCUAUCGCGACCCGAAAGAUCGAUUCCUCUACGCCCUUCGUACCAAUGGCCGAUACCAGCUGAUUACGCUCGGAUCUGGCGUCGUCGGAGCCAUAUACUUCAUCUUCCAAAAUGGGUUUGACUUUGAGACCAUGAAGGCAUUGGUUAUGGCAUUGGCAUACUCAUGGGGUUUGGUACUAGCCAUAUACCUCAUGGGCCACGGUCUUGUCGCACUACCGCGAUCCUUGUAUCGGAAUGCCAGCAUAAGUAAUCGCCUUCGACGCCUACAAUCACAAGCGCCGAAUAUCCAUGAGAAGCUCACGGAAGCCCUGGAUAAACUUGAUCAGUAUGAGUCGCAAGUUGUGCAGCUCAAGCUUCGAAAAAAUGGCAUCACCAGAGCCUUCCAAGAGUGGAUAGAUGAGCUUGCUGAAUCAUCCUCCUUGCCGGAAGCCAGGGGUUCCUCAAUCUCAUCAACCAGUCGAGCAUCGACCUCGACGGUGCCGCCUGUUAUUACAGAACGCUAUCUUGCUGAUUUGACCCGCAAACUCAAGCGUGCACGACACGCUAAAAUGCGUUUCUCGGAUUCCUGGGAUCACUUAGUACGCAACGCGAUAGAUACACAGGCAAUCCUCGACUCAGCAGCUUCUAAGCGCCUCGAAUUCCAGGUCUCUCCUUUUGCUGCGCCAGCCCCUACCUUUUAUUCUCGCAUUACUGUCCUAACCCCAUAUACCCGCUACCUUCUACAUACGCACGUUAUUCCAUUACUUUACUACGUUACAUCCGCGGUAUUUGCCCUUGCCUCAGUCUCUAUUAUCUGGUCUGAGAUUGUAAAAUCUCUCGACGAGGCGAAGCUGUCCAUCGUAGGCCUCACAGUCGUACAUCACCCCGAGUCUAAUAGGGGUAAAAUUGGCUUCGCAGGCCAAUUCAUCGCUGGUGUCUGGCUAAGUUAUAUGUGUGCUUGCGCCUUCUUUUCUUUGACCGAAGUCAAGAUAUGGGGCAAUAGGGCGCUUGUGCGGCGCGGAACAUACCUGGAAUCGGCCACCUGGUACGCGCUUCAGGUCGCGAAGCUCACAGUACCACUGUCAUUCAAUUUCACCACCUUUGUGGAUCCCAAAAUUUACAAGGCUAGCUCGUUCUAUCUUUUCCUAGGUCGGCUCAUCGACCUUACUCCGCUCGGUUCGGGCUUCUCGUCCUUCUUCCCCAUUUUCGUACUUGUUCCGGUGCUAGCGACCAGUUUUAAUUUGUACGGCAAGAUCAAGAACAUCUGCGGGUUUGGCGAUCUACUAGAGGAUGAGGACGAUACCGGUGAUGGAGCCAGCGUCUACGGCGCCGGGAGCUGGCGCGAAGGACGCGCGUUGAUUGACCGUGAGAUCCACGGUGCGAGUGGGAAUACAUUGGGCCUUGCCCAACGAGGAGGCGCCACAUCAAGCCCUCCAAAUGGAGGUUACAGAGACAACCCGCCGGCAAGCAAUGGAACAGCUGGGGCCUCGAGAAGGCCGCAGGCGAGGAGAUCUGUAGUGGAAGAUGAGGAGGACGGUAACUUCCUCUCCGACUUCGGCACUAGGGUCAAGAACACGUUCCCCUGGUUCGACGAAACCGAAUUCCGAAGACCCAAAUGGAUGGGCGGGAGAGACGGCGACGAAGGCACAGAGAACAGCGGUGCGGCAGCCACUGGAACCCAAAGGAGAGAGGGACUCGCGAGGUGGUUCGGCGGUGGCCCGUCAGAGGGACGGGUGAGACUUUAGAUUUCGGCACAGGACAGUUGUUUGCAUUCAUGCAUUGCGGGGUCGGUUUGGCUGCGUGGCUGGGUUGGUAACAUGGAUAAGUGUGGGUGUUUUAGACUCGGUUGUAUUAGUAGCGAGCGCGCUCCACGGUGAGGAUACCACGGGUGCAUAGAAUCCUUGUCCGGAGUACGGGGGCAUUACGUGUUUAGCGAGCGGUGGGGUAACAAUGGUCGG